GUUCUGAAACAGUAUCCUACUUUGAAACAGUUCGUCCUCUCCAACGUGCGACUCACUGGCAUCAGAAUCGGCGCCGGAGCCUACGCCAGCGUGGAGGAGGUGGCCGUGCCUGGAGCCAUCUGCGCCGCCAAAAAGAUCCACGAAUUCUUCCUAGAUGGCGAGAUUCGUAUCGAGGUGACCACCGAGAAUUUUUUGGAGGAAUGUCAGCUGAUGAGCACCCUCCGCCACCCGAACAUCGUCCAAUUUCUGGGCGUCGCUAUCUUUCCCGGCUCGCGACUGCCAGCCAUCGUCAUGGAACGACUGCUGACAAGUCUUCACGACUUGCUCGAACCCCAGCGGCCCCCGCCUCGUUCGUCCAAGCCAUUUAUUCCUUUAAGUCUGAAGUGUUCCAUCCUGCAUGACGUAGCGUGCGGCCUGGCAUACCUCCACAAGCGAUCUGUUGUCCACCGCGACUUGACAGCUAAUAACGUUCUCCUGAACUCGGGGAUGGUAGCCAAGAUAGCGGAUCUUGGAGUUGCACGUAUACUCCCUGAUUUGGCUCCAGCCACCCUAACCUUUGCACCUGGAGCUAGCGUGUACAUGCCUCCAGAGGCUCUAGAAAGCAAGCCUGGAGAGGAAAAUGAAGGCAGAAUGUCGAAGUACGAUGCAAGUAUCGACAUCUUUUCGUUUGGUGUUGUAGCCAUGUUUACCAUCAGCCAAACAUUUCCCGAUAAAUUGCUAGCUCCAACCUACACGAAAGAUGGAGAGAAUCCUGUAGGUAGAAGUGAACUAGAGCGACGACAGGAGUACAUGACAAUAGUUAACAGCCAGCUAGAAGGAAAGCAUCCUCUCUUAGUAGAGAUAAUCGAGAAGUGCCUUGACUUUCCAGGUAAACGGCCAGAUGUUAAAAAGGUUCUGGAUCUGUUGGUGGAGGCCAGAAAAGAAGUACAAGAUGAACAGAUAAGCAAGAACAAGCUGGAUCUAGUCCAAGCUCUUCGUGAAGCACACAUCAGCCACCAGGAAAAUGAAAAGCAGCUACAGUCCAGUCUGAAGGAGCAAGAAGCACUCAAAGAAAAGAAUGAAAAGUCACUCGAGACUAUCAGGGAGAAGAGGCAGCAGAUUCUAGAGGAAAAUCAGUUGGUGCAGAACAAGGACAGAGAACUGACUGAGACUCUGGAAAAGCUGAGGCAGAAGGAGGAACAGUUACAAACAAGUGAGAGAGAAAAACAGAGAGUCCAAUACAGCAGUUGACAGAAAAUGGAGCAGAUGUGGUGACGAGAAAUACACGCAGAGGUGACAUCGAAUAGAAAGGAGGCAUGAUGUGUGGCGAGAGCGGAAGGAAUGGAUGGCAGAUUUCGGGUGCAGAGUGGCAGACGGAGGAUGCUACUCAGGAGAGAGCAGCAAGCAGAUCUCAGGAGAUCAGGAGAUGAGACAGAGAGUUAGUCUAG